UGUCAGCCUGCAGAAGGUUAAUUUCGUUAAGGAAUUUGAAUGGAAUUCACCCCUGUAAUUCUGCUUACAUAGCAUCUUGCAGACUAAAUUCAACAGAUCAACAUGAGAGACAUCAUUCAGGUGUGACACCACCAGGAAAGUUGAAAAGAUACAUGGUGAAGAAACAGAUGGAUUUCUAUAAGAAAUCUGAGAAUCAUGUAGUUCUACGAUAUCCAAAAGUUUAUAAAAUUUAUCAUACUUUUAAAGCUGGAAUGAAAGGCUUCUUCCAUGAUUUUAAAAUCUAUUAUAGAGUUAUAACAGAAUUAUGGGGUGGUAAAGAUUUGAGUGAUUUUUCUAGAGUUGAGUUAGAGGUCUACACACAUUUACCAAAAGCAUUUUGGCGAUUAACACCUUUACUCGUAGUGUCAGGAAUACCAUUUGGUUCCAGUGUUUUUCCUUUAGCGUAUAUGUUUCCACGGUUUCUGUUGUCGCAUCAUUUCUGGACACCAGAACAAAGAAUUCAAUUUUACACUCAGGAUUUAAAGAAGCAAAUCGAACAUUAUAGUCCAAUUAUCCAGUCUCUCAAAUUUCACAGUCGACAUAUAACGGACGACAAUUUACAGAAAAAAAUACGCAAAAUUGUAGGAAAGUUAGAACACAACGUUCUUCCCACAACAGAUGAAAUACUGCAAGUUAAAAGUUUGUUUAAUGGUUCACCAUAUCAUAUAGAUAGAAUCUCUAUAACUUACCUUAGACAUUUAGCUAAGAGUUAUGGUAUGUCUUUAAGAAGGAAGAAGUUAAAACAGAGUAUACUGUUAUUAUUGUAUACUGAUAAAGCUAUGGUUAAAGAAGGGAUACCUACUUUACUUAAUGAUGAAUUAGAAAGGGCAUGUUUUGUUAGAGGAUUAAACCCGAUUGGUCUGAGAAGAGAGGAGAGAAUUACCUUUUUAAUACGAUGGACUCAAAUUAGUCAAAAUAUAGAUGAAUCAAGUAUUUCACUUCUGCUUCAUUCCCCCGUCCUCCUGACGUCUGCACAACCCACCAACCUCAGUUUGAAGAAGAAGAAGUCGCGAUGGCAGAAAGUAUCAGAAGAAACAUAAGACUUGAUUAUCAAGUAGUUUUUUAUAUCUCUAUGACAGAAAGUAUCAGACGAUACAUAAGACUUGAUUAUCAAGUAGUUUUUUUAUUGUGAUCGAUAUUUAUAUCUUGUUUAUCUGUGAUGACGAUGAACGGUGAAAUACAUUAACAGACCACGAAAUUUACUUUUUCAAAUUUUCGUGUAAGUUUCUACUGAGUGUUUGUAGACAGGACUAACCAGCUGCUCUACUGAGUGUUUGUAGACAGGACUAACCAGCUGCUCUAUACAUUUAGACACCUUUAUCAAGUACCAUUAUACAACUGAAGGAUGGUUAAUGAAUAACAUGGCACUGAUUAUAAACAAACCUGUACAAAAGGGCACCUGUCACAGAUUUUAUCAGACAAGAAUCGUCAAUCAACGUUUUUAUUAUAAUAGUAGCGAAUAACCCGACACUGUCCGUAACGUCGAAACCAGAAGCGGUAGACCAACGCCAUCUAGCCUAUGUUACUCCCCGGUUGGAACUACCCCUAUACACCAAAUUUCAGCCUCGGGAGAGCCCUAGUGUAGCCGCCAACCCUAGCCAACCCUACACAGACAAACGACAGUCACAAAUAUUAGUAUAGAUAUAGGUAGUUAGAUGUAGUGUCCCCCCCCCCCCCCCCCACCUAGUCUAAUCGCUGCUCGUGCUCACCACUCUUCUCGUGGACAGAUUGUUUUGACGACAACUUGAGGAAGCUCGCUGAAGACCAUGGGGUUAAAGUUGUUGUUAAAACUUUUAUAUAAAUCUCCGACCUGUGAUAACCUUUGAACCUUUCACUGAGAUAUCUUUGUGCUCAAUUCGUUAAGUAUUGGGUUUGUGUGACCUAAGCGAACUACGAUGUGUUCGGCUCCUACUGGUCACUAGGCUAAUGAAGACAGGCAUUGGACUAUAAGGGUAAUUUUGCCCAGAGAGCGGCGCUACAGCCUAAUCUUAUAUCGAAUUCCAACUGCCAAGGGAUCUUUUACAUGCACACCAAUUUGUACACAGGACAGCUGUCCUUGUCUGGCCCUCUGACAUGCACCACGCCAGAAUAUCCUGAAGAACUAUCUCAGCCAACGCCGGGAGCGAACCUGUGACGUCCACAAUAGCAAACCAGCGUCUUACUCACUUAGUCACCGUGGCUCCAGUCUGUAAAUGGUUCAAAUAUUAUCAAUAUAAAUAAGGGCAUGGACCUGUUUUUAAUCCUAUUCAAUCCAAGUUGCUAGAUUAUCUACUGUUAAUAUUUUUGUUUGUUUAUUUUUUUUUACUUAAACAUACAUUAUGCAAGAGCUAAAUCUGUCUAUUGCAGGUCUUUCUUUAGGCCUGAAAUGUUAUCUAAAUUAUUAAUUAAACAUUAAUUAACCUA